AUGGCAACAAACGUGAGUGAUAUGUCCCUCUAUUCCAGUAACAGCAGCAGUACCGAUCAGCAGAGUGUAGAGAACUUAUCAGUCCACUGUCUUGACUUUGACGAUCUGGUGUUGGGCUUUGAAGAAACGAAAAGGAACAUAUAUGAUUUAUCCGAUGCGACAGCACUUCAUGUGCAAGAUGCCAAUUCCAACAAGGGACAUAGCAAGCGACACGGCAACAGUGGCAAAUCAAAGUCGCACCACGAUAAAACUGACCUGGAGAAGCAACUCUUAGAAGGGGCAAGAAGGAAAGUAAGAAAGACUCAAAAAAGAGACAAAACGAGGCUGCAUUCAGGAACAAGUUCAAGGUCAAGGCUUAGAUCAAGUGAAGACGAUGAUGUUUCAGCUGCUUCAUCCAGUGAGGUUGUUUUGUUGAGAGAACAACUUACAGCUUUAAGUAGUGAGUUGGUGUCAUUACGAACAUCAAUUGCUGUGAAAACUGCCAAUGGUACCACAAAUGGUUGCCAUGAUGGACUUCAGGAUGCAGAAGAUCUUGGGGACUUCAUUGUGGGUUCUGAACAACAGAGUGGACUUUCCGCUGUGAAUGGUAAAGCUGAAAAUACUGCCAGUAUUGUAAAAAGAAAAGAAAACAAGAUUGAUUUAGAAGAUCUUAUACAUUUAUACGGUCCAUUAACAGAAGAUUCUAUUCUAAAAACACUACAACAUAGAUUCUGUAUUAAAAUUGUUGAAUUCCAGACAAAAAUUGGUCCCAUCCUGCUAUCGUUGAACCCAUACAAAGGUACUCCAAUAGAAAAUGCAUUACACCAUGGUGGGGAAAAUCAUCCAUAUUUAUUGAAUGUAGUGAAGGAUGCUGUUAGACUACAAACAGAAACAGGAUGUUCACAAGCCAUUGUACUCAGUGGGGAAAGUGGGAGUGGCAAAACCUAUUCAUCAUUGCUACUGCUGAGACAAUUGUUUGAUGUGGCAGGAGGAGGGCCAGGAACUGAUGCAUUCAAGCAUGUUUCGGCAGCAGUGACUGUGUUGAGGUCCCUGGGGACUGCCAAGACUGUGCAUAAUUCUGAAUCGUCACGGAUGGGUUAUUACACAGAAGUGCAUGUAACAGAAGGUGUUAUUUUUCGAACCAAGAUACAUUGUUAUUUUGUGGAUGAAACCAGGGUAAUACAAACAUCACCUCACGAGAAAGGCUAUCAUAUAUUCUAUCACAUGCUGUCAGGUCUCUCACAAGAUGAAAGAGUAAAACUUCAUUUACAAGGAUACUCCUCCCACAAUCUGAAAUAUUUAAAUCACUUAUUAAACGUGGAUGUUGACGAAGACUGUCAGAAGUUCCAAGUUUGGAAGAGUUCCUUGCAAAUUCUUGGUAUUCCAUUCUCUGAUGUGAUGAGGAUACUUGCAGCUAUCAUGUUGCUAGGCAAUAUUGAGUUUGUGGAAAGUGAUGGCUUGGAGCUGGAUAUCAAAGGCAAUAAUGAAAUAAAAGCAGUAGCAGCUUUAUUGGGUGUAUCUGGUGUUUCAUUAUAUCGAGGGCUGACGACCAGAACACGGAACAUGAGGGGACAGAUAUUUAAAUCACCAUGUGAUGCUCCUACUGCCAAUACCACUAGGGAUAACCUUGCCAGAGCAUUGUAUUGCAGAACUGUAUCUGCCAUCACCCGGAAAGCAAAUAGUUUAAGAAGGCCGGGAUCAAAUUCAGGGCAUUCCAGUAGCAGUGAUGAUGUGCACCAUUCUGGAGAAAAUCAAAAUUUUAAACACCCAUCGCCAGCUACAUCUAAACUGUCAGUCAAUCAAUCAUCAAGUGCCAGUACACAUUGUGGUGGUCUUGGCGAUGGUAUUAUUAGCAUUGUGGACAUGUUUGGAUUUGAAAAUACACAGAAUAAUCAGUUUGAGCAGCUUUGUAGUAAUCUUUGCUCAGAGACACUACAACAUUAUUACAACAUACAUGUAUUCAAAAGUACACAGGAGUGUUGUAGAGACGAGGGUAUUCCCUGUGAAGUGGAUCUUGAUUACCAAGACAAUACACCAGUCAUUGAACUCAUAUCAGCACCGCUAACUGGUAUAUUCCACUAUUUAGAUAAAGAGAGUGCAAAUAUGGAGAGUAAAAGUACAUGUGCAUCGUUCGUACAAAACAUCGGAGCACAACAUAGUACACAUGACAGGUUUUUCAUACCUGAGGAAAGAAGCACAUACAAUUUUGGUAUUGUUCAUUACGUCAGUAGUGUAGUAUAUAGCUCUUCAAAUAUGGUAGAACGCAAUAGAGAUAUCGUUGGUGAUGACAUCAUUAAUAUCUUCCAACGUCAGAAUUGUAAUUUUGGGUUUGCAACACAUUUAUUUACCAGUGAACUCAAAGAACAAAACAAAAAUGGUGGUAUCCCAAAGGGUAAUUAUCACAGAAUUCUGCCAUCUCCAUCUUCUUAUUCCGAUACUGUAUCCGGGAAUGGUGAAGGUAGGAGGACAUUUUCUCAGGAUUUUCAGAGUAGAUUAGACAAUCUACUGAAAACUUUGAUGCAUGCCAAGCCACAUUUUGUACUGUGCAUCAGGCCGAACUAUCAGGAAGCACCAUCAAUAUUUGAUUUGAAUGUUGUCAGAAAACAAAUCAGGGCAUUACAGAUUUUAGAAACUGUACAUCUCAUGGCUGGAGGUUAUCCACACAAGAUGAGAUUUAGAUCUUUUAAUCACCGAUAUAAAUUCUUAUCAAGGCAUAAAAGACUUAGGAGGAGUGAAGAGAAGGCCAUAGAAGACACUAAAGCAAUACUAGACUCAUUUCUGAAGGCAUUAGAUGACAGUAAGAUGCCCUAUACAAGUACAAACUGGGCAAUGGGCAAAAGACAUAUUUUUCUCAGUGAGGGUGCACGGCAGAGCUUGGAACACCUGAGAUACCAGAAGCGAGAAGAAGCCGCAACAGUCAUCCAAUCACAUGUCAGGAAGCUUGCUUGCCUUAAAAAUUGGCCAUCACUGAAAAGAACACUAGAGCAGAAACUUCGGAUUAGAACACAGAACCAUGAGCAGCUUAUGUCAAGAAGAUCACCGAUGUAUCAGGAAAUUGAAAGAAGCAGAAAAAGAGUCAUCGAGAAUGAAAGUUGUGAUAUUAAAACCAUACAACAAACCUGUUAUCUGUAUGGCCUUGAUAUGGAUAGUCCACCACCAUUGCCAUCAAGUAGAUCAUACACUGUCACUGGUAAUAUGAAAAUGGGUUUCCCACAGUGUCGAGUUAUGAAACAUAGCUUUCCAGAAGGUUCUGGAGAGAAAAUUUUGAGGAAGGGUGAAUUGGUUCAAGUGACUGGAGUGUCACCACGGAGAGGUCAUCUUAUGAUUGAACAUAAAGAUAAUACAUUACAUGUACCAUAUCAAUUAACAGAAAUCAAGGUGAGUAAUGUGUCAUGA